UAAUAUGUGUAUGUUGAAGACAUUUCACAGACGUAGAAAAUUUAUUGGAAGAAUUUCACCUCCUAAAAAUUGUUAAAUAGCUCCGAAAUAUGGGUAUGUAAUAAUAAAAAAAAAGUUAAGAUGUAAAACAAAAACUACAACCAAUUAGUAUAUAUUAGUAAACUCUAGAACAGGUACGUUAUACCUAAAAAAAGAAGUUCUGCCAAAGGUUGGCCAAUUAAGAUUUGACCAUGAUUCCGGUGAUAAAUCUCACAGGUGAAAAUGCAAAACCAGGCACAAGUUCUUGGGUUUCUGCAAGAGAAAAGGUCAAAGCAGCCAUGGAAGAGCACGGUUAUUUCUUAGCGAUUCAUGAUCAGUUUUCAUCAGAAGCUUCUGCUGCAGUUACGGAAGCGUUGAAAGAAGUGUUUGACCUUCCAUUAGAAGUCAAGAAACGGAACGUUUCGGAUAAUCCAUUUUACGGUUACCGGGGACAGAAGCCUUCCAUGCCUCUCUAUGAAAGCCUAGGCGUCUUUGAUGCAUCAUUGGCUCGUGAUAUUGAACCAAUCCGAAGUUUUACAAACUUAAUGUGGCCUUCCGGGAAUCAGAGCUUCUGCGAGAUUAUGAAUUAUUUCGUCAAGAAACUGUCGGAUGUGGAUCGAAUGGUGAGUAGGAUGAUUUACGAGAGCUACGGAUUGGAGAAGUACUAUGAUCGUGAUUGGAACGUUGAAUCAGUGGCUUACUUAUUCAGAAUGAUGAUUUAUCGGGUUCCGGGAAGUGGUGAUGAUCAGUAUUCCAACGUUGGAUGUUUGCCUCACAGUGACAAGACGUUGUUGACCGUAAUUCACCAAAAUGAAGUCAAUGGAUAUCAGGUCAAAACCAAGGCGGGAGAGUGGAUCACCGUUGACUUCCCCCCUUCUUCCCUUCUCAUUACCGCCGGCGAUUCUCUAUCGGGAUGGAGCAAUGGGAGAAUAUAUGCCCCUGUGCAUCAAGUAAUAAUGAGAGAAAAGGAAGCAAGAUAUACACUUGGAACAUUUUCAUUUCAUAAGGGAACCAUACAAAUUCCAAAAGAGCUGGUUGAUGAUGAACAUCCACUGCUUUACAAGCCGUUUAAUGUUGAAGGACUGCUUGAAUAUUAUGGCACCGAAGAAGGUCAGCAAGCUCCGGAUCUUCUCAAGGCAUAUUGUGGGGUUUGAUGUAAUUUAAUCCACCACCUGCUCCAUUAUUCAUGGUUAAACUCGAGAAAUUUAAAGAGUUGACAUGGUUGAUUUCAAAGUUAAAUGGUUGUGUAUGGUGUUAAUGUUUCUUGUUUUCUUCGGCGGGGAGUACCACGAGACUCACCACCAGCAAAGCAGAGAACAAAGAAGACAUUUUAUUUUGGUAUUUUAACAUUAAAAUCUUCAUAUAAUUAGC